CUGGUUACCCGGAGCGAAGCUGCAGUGGGCUCCGGCAGCUGCCGGGGAACGCUUCUGCCUAGUCGGAGUUACGACUUCCUUCCCAGAUCCAGACUUGUUGCUGCUCCGGGGACGCCCCUGGAUCCUUUUACUCCUUAAUCUGCUGGUUUUAUUUUUCCUUCCCUCUCGGUUCCCAUCUCCGUACUCCGGGUUUCCCUCCUUUUUGGGCCCCGUAGCUGGCCAUCCAUCCUUAGCAUCUCAGCUUCCCUCCGGCUGUCCUCCUGGCUUCUGCCCCUCCUUGACCUCAAAUCUCUUGGCCAACAGGACCCUGUCAUAACUUCUCGCCAGACUCUUUUAAAAUCCUCUUUCUUCUCUUUGCCAGCUCCUGACGCCCAAAUUCCAGCUAAGACUUGACCUUUUGACAUUUGGCCCUGACACUCUUGGAGCCAGACCUCUGAAUUCCUACUUUCUAUAACAUGGACUGCUGAAAUUGAGAUCUUCCCCCGAUUUCUGACCCUAUUUCUGAAGCUCAUUUUAAUUCCUUACUCCUGGACCCGUUCUUGCUUCUGCUACCCCACCAUGGACUUCUUGAUGAGUGGCCUGGCAGCCUGUGGGGCCUGUUUGUUCACCAACCCCCUGGAGGUGGUGAAGACCAGGAUGCAGUUGCAGGGAGAACUGCAGGCCCCCGGCACCUACCAGCGGCACUACCGAAACGUCUUCCAUGCCUUCAUCACCAUCGGCAGGGUGGAUGGCCUGGCUGCCCUGCAAAAGGGCCUGGGUCCCGCCCUCUUAUACCAGUUCCUGAUGAAUGGCAUCCGGUUGGGAACCUACGGGCUGGCUGAGGCCGGUGGCUACCUGCACUCCGAUGACGGCUCCCUCAGCCCUGCCCGCAGCGCAGCAGCUGGAGCCCUGGCUGGGGUCAUGGGAGCCUACUUGGGGAGCCCCAUCUACAUGGUGAAGACACACCUACAGGCACAGGCAGCCUCAGAAAUUGCCGUAGGGCACCAGUAUAAGCAUCAGGGCAUGUUUCAGGCACUAACCAAGAUUGGCCAGAAACAUGGUCUGGUGGGGUUGUGGCGUGGGGCCAUGGGCGGCCUGCCCCGAGUUAUCAUCGGUUCCUCCACCCAGCUGUGCACCUUCUCAUCCACCAAGGACCUCAUGACCCAGUGGGAGCUAUUUCCUCCCCAGAGCUGGAAAGUGGCUCUGGCAGCCUCCAUGGUGAGUGGCAUUGCGGUGGUCCUGGCCAUGACGCCCUUCGAUGUGGUCAGCACAAGGCUGUACAACCAGCCCACAGAUACUCAGGGCAAGGGCCUCAUGUACCGGGGGAUGCUGGAUGCUCUGCUGCAGACUGCUCGGACAGAGGGCAUUUUUGGCAUGUACAAGGGUAUAGGUGCCUCCUACUUCCGCCUAGGUCCCCACACCAUCCUUUCCCUCUUCUUCUGGGACCAGCUGCGCACCCUCUACCACACUUACACCAAAUAACAGCAGCCACUCUUCCACAUUCCUCCAAAUCGGCACUCCUUGGACACUUCUGCCUCCAUUACCAUGCCCUGGUGACGCCUGACCAGAUGAUCUUUCAUCCAUCCAAGGGGGAAGCCAACCCCACUCCCCAUCUGUUUUCUCAGGGUUGAAUCACUGCAAGAGAGUUUUUCCACCUUC